GACAACAACGGAGCGAACUUUUGACAAACAGAUGAUACGCAAAACAAGCUGGUGCCCAAUCGAGCGCGUUUGAAAUCCGGUCUGCAAAUCUGAGCGUCCCAUCCGACGUCCGACUGAAGUCCGGAGGGAGCAGGGUGAAGCACGCGCAGCCUCUUUCCGUCGGAGGGGUCGUCAGAUGUGAGAGGGGUUGCCGACGAAUUGGCCUCCCCCAGCUGGUGCAGCUCGGUGGUUGCUGGCUGCUCCCGGGACGCACUUGGCUAAUCUCCACUCAGCAUGGACAACGAGCACGUGCCCGUGGUCGGACGCGUCCGAGACUUUUUGUCCAAGUUUGAUUCGGACGAGGACAACAAUCAAAUCAAAAAGGGCGGUUCGUCCAACCCCUCAACGCCGAAUGCCAAACGCAAAGUGGUGUCCACGCUGAUCGGACAGCUCGAGAAGAGCAGCUCCGAGCCCAGCGUGGACAACCCGGUCGACGAGAAGAUAAAGGUGGCCAAGUCGGACAACCGGAUCUCAAGCGAGCAGGAGCCAACAACCGAGCAGACGAAGGAGCUGCGCGGCAGUGACGACGAAGACAACGAGCUGAAAGAACUGCAGACGCAAAUCAGCAACCUGAAGCCCUCAAAGCUAAAGCUGGGUGUAGAAAUGAUUCCUGACCACGACGGAUCGGAGGAUAUCCGCAAGGACGGCGAAGGCCUGAUUAUGCCUCGCAAACCGGCAAACCCUUGCCUCGACUCUGACGACCACAAAAGCUUGCACCGAGAAUUGAUGUUCAACAAAAAGGUGGGCAAAAACGUGCUAAACCAGAAGAGCGAGCUGCAGAGAGCGAUGGAGAAGCAUCGGGACCAGGCGGCGCGUAAGGAAGCCGAAAAAGAGAAGCUCAACAACAAAACUGCGUUCGAGAAAGUGAUAGAGGAGCGCGCCCGUCGCCUCGAAUCGCAUGAGAAAGAAGAGGAAGCUGAGCACAACGGCCAGAACGCCAAACCCGAAUUCCUGCAGGUGCAUGCCAAACUGCGUGCCCGAAUGGAGCCCAACAAGUAGGCGGCAAAACCAUCAACCCACCCUUUCCUCGACUGAGCUGCUGCCAAUGAGCUGCCCUCAAAGGAUUUUAACUCGUGGACAUUUCAUAAACACACAUAAGCUGGCGUCCUUUGAGAUCGGCCACGCCAUAAAAGUGAUCAUACUCUGUCAAAUUCCCAACACAAGACCUGCUAGAUUUUAUCGUUUUCCAAGAGACCUCGCUGUGCCUUCCUUUCAACCCGAGAAAGAAAAGAGGAAUUUUUCUGGCUAGGCUGAUGAAUAUAUUUUAACUAGGCUGUAAGAGUGAGAAAUAAUUUGUCUGCCGAGUCGCUAGCUAGUCAAACAAAUCAUUCACAAUAUCAUUCCCAUUCUGCAUUUCGCGCUCACAUAUCAUCAAUUGCAUUUUUUCUGCUUUUCCUCGCUCCUAAAAUUGCUCCAUUUAGUCUGCCUGCAUUUUCAAUGGUAUUUGAGGUAAUGAAAAUAAAUUAAAGCAUUAUGCGUCGUUUGAUGGUGAAACAAGUUUUGUAGAGGUGCAGCACCGAUUUUAAUCAUUCCUUUUAAUCUUUGAUCUUUCUUUUUAUAAUUCUCGCCUGAUAAAAACUAUGAGAGGGUUUUAGUGUGACGGAAUAUUGAAGAAAAAUAAGCAAGCCAAACAGCUUGAUAAAUGUAUAUUUUGUGUAUUCAGUGUGUCGACUAUAAGCAUGUGAAAUAAAUUAGAAAUAAAAUCAUGGAUGCAAUCUAGGCAUAAUUGAAAA